AUGGAUGAAAAAGCAAAGAACAGGAAAUUCACCCUAUUCAGGCUGAACACCCACCUCAGGGGUUCCACCCACAGCCGCGAAACCGAACUACGAAGAGCGCUGAAAAACGACGGCAAAGACAAAACAAGCCUGAUCGCCUGUCCAGUAUGCAAGCUACUCGUCAAGGAUCAGCUAUGGGAGGACCUAGAAGAUGAGAGUGAGGAAGAGGAGGUGUUGACAUCGGAGUUCGAGGGCUUCAGCGACGCUGAGGACGAACAACGGAACGCUAUGACUGGCGUGGAGUAG